UAAAACAACAAGCAAAUACCGACUAGAAAAGUAAACCAAACAAGACAAUGAAGCUUCAAAUUCUAUGUCUCGCUUUGGUUUUAAUCACCGUUGAAGCUAAUGCAGUCAAGCAAGGGAUAAACGCAACGAUCCCGGCGCUGAUAGUUUUUGGAGAUUCAAUAAUGGAUACAGGAAAUAACAAUAAUCUUCCUACUCUUCUUAAAUGUAACUUCCCUCCAUACGGUAAAGAUUAUCCUGGAGGCUUCGCCACUGGAAGAUUUUCGGAUGGAAGAGUUCCUUCUGAUCUUAUUGCCGAAAAGUUGGGAUUGGCUAAGACAUUACCAGCAUAUAUGAAUCCAUAUUUGAAGCCUGAGGAUCUUCUUAAAGGUGUAACAUUUGCAUCUGGAGGAACUGGUUAUGAUCCAUUGACAGCUAAAAUUAUGUCAGUGAUAUCGGUGUGGGAUCAACUCAUAUAUUUCAAAGAAUAUAUAUCAAAGAUCAAGAGGCAUUUCGGAGAAGAAAAAGCCAAAGAUAUCUUGGAACAUAGUUUCUUUCUUGUGGUGUCUAGUAGCAAUGACCUUGCUCACACUUAUUUAGCUCAAGCUCAUAGAUAUGAUCGUACCUCUUACGCCAAUUUCUUGGCUGACUCUGCUGUCCAUUUCGUGAGAGAAUUACAUAAGCUUGGAGCUCGGAAAAUUGGAGUGUUUAGUGCAGUCCCCGUUGGUUGUGUUCCUCUUCAAAGAACAGUUUUUGGAGGUUUUUUUACAAGAAGAUGUAAUCAACCUCUAAACAACAUGGCAAAACAAUUUAACGCAAGACUUUCUCCAGCACUAGAUUCUUUAGAUAAAGAGUUGGAUGGUGUUAUCCUUUACAUUAAUGUUUAUGAUACUCUUUUCGACAUGAUCCAAUACCCUAAAAAAUACGGUUUUGAGGUAGCUGAUAAAGGAUGUUGCGGUAAAGGACUGCUCACGAUAUCCUAUUUAUAAAGAGGAGGAGAACGCGGCGCAGAGCGUGGCGGUGACCGUGGUAACUUCGGACGUGGAUUCGGCGGUGGCCGCGGUGGCCGUGAUCGUGGUCCAAGAGGUCGUGGACGACGUGGAGGCCGUGCCUCGGAAGAAGCGAAAUGGGUUCCAGUGACGAAACUAGGUCGUCUAGUGCUAGACAAUAAAAUAACGAGGCUAGAGGAGAUCUAUCUCCAUUCUCUGCCAGUGAAGGAGUACCAAAUCAUAGAUCUUCUUGUUGGUCCUUCGUUGAAAGACGAGGUUAUGAAAAUCAUGCCUGUUCAGAAACAAACCAGAGCUGGUCAAAGAACUAGAUUCAAGGCCUUUGUUGUUGUUGGUGAUGGUAAUGGUCAUGUUGGUUUGGGUGUCAAGUGUUCUAAGGAAGUUGCUACUGCCAUUAGAGGAGCUAUUAUUCUUGCUAAGCUUUCUGUUGUUCCGGUUAGGAGAGGUUACUGGGGGAAUAAGAUUGGGAAGCCACACACUGUGCCUUGUAAGGUUACUGGGAAGUGUGGUUCUGUUACUGUGAGGAUGGUUCCUGCUCCUAGAGGUGCUGGUAUUGUUGCUGCUAGGGUUCCUAAGAAGGUUCUUCAGUUUGCUGGUAUUGAUGAUGUCUUUACUUCUUCCAGAGGAUCUACUAAAACACUUGGAAACUUUGUCAAGGCUACAUUCGAUUGCCUACAGAAGACAUAUGGGUUCCUUACACCAGAGUUCUGGAAAGAGACGAGAUUCUCCAAAUCGCCGUACCAAGAGUACACUGAUUUCCUGGCGACUAAGGCUGUUCCGGCCGCUAAAGUUAUCACCGAGGGUGAAGACCAAGCGUAAAACCUUCAUGAGAUGAGUUUGAUUUUAUAGGUUUUUGGUUGUCGCAAAUAUCUUUCUCUUUUCUUUUCUAUGGAGACAGUCUUGUUUCUUGGUUGUCUUGUCAGUUUUUGACAUUGGGGUUUUAAUUUAAAAGGAAUCAUAUUUAGUUUUGUUUGGAUUAUGUUAGAUGUUUGCUUCCAUGGAAUGACCUUUUGCAAUAAUGCAUGUCUAUUUCU